GCGUGUUAAAUUGUCACUAAUCGUACUAAACCGAACACUAAAAGGGUCGUUUGGAGUUAAAAGUGUUAAAGGAGUUAAAGGAACUUGGCAGACCGAACGCAAUGUUUGUUCAUCCAAAGAUAUGACAAUUGACAGUAUAGACAGACGACAGUUCAUUGAUGGUUACGAAUGUCAGUGUCAGUACAGUCAAAAUCAAAGUGCAGAAAGUGAAAAAUAAGAUUAAAUCGAAAUUCUUCGACUAAAAUAUUCCAUGUAGAUUAUUCCAACUCCGAAGUCAUGAUUAUUAUUUAGUUACAAUUAGAGACGACAAUGAAUUCGACAACUACAGAAACAAACUCGGAUACUGGGGGCCUGCAUUGCUCCAAAGAUGCCUUAACAAAUAUGUUCGGAUGGUUUUUACAAGUCCUUUUAGCCUCUUUGGCGUUUACGUGUCUAAUUGCCAAACGAUUUUGCGAGCCAAGAGGGGAAAGAAGAUCUUGGUUAAUUUGGUUUUAUGAUACAUCGAAACAGGGAAUGGGGGCAAUGGCAAUACAUUUAGCUAAUGUUUGGUUAGCUGGACAAUAUAAGGGUGAUCCUUGCACCUGGUAUUUGAUAAAUUUUUUAUUAGAUUCGUCUUUAGGUCUUUUGAUAAUUUUUAUUGGAAUAAGACUUAGUCAGUACUUAGCCAGGACAAAAGGUUGGGACAACAUUAAUUUUGGGGAAUAUGGUAAACCACCCUCAGCGAAUGCAUGGAUGACGCAGUGUUGCCUUUACGUCUGUCUUAUGAUCAUAGUGAAAGUAUCCAUAACGCUGUUCAUGCAAUUGGACUUUUGGGAUAAUGUCAAAGCUUUUAUCCUGUCUCCCAUACCUAAUCAGAAUGUCGAAGUGGCUUUCGUCAUGUUGAUCAUACCUUUCUUUAUAAAUAUGUUAAUGUUUUGGGUGACUGACAAUUUCCUUAUGUACAAAGAUCCGGCGAAAAGGAGAAGAUUGAGCAGUUCGAGCGACGGACUGUUGAGGAAGCUGCAUGUGAAAUAUCGAUCAUUGGCUAGGAAGAGACGGCGCGAUUCUGAAAGCGACGUCUUGUUAUCGGCCGAUGAUGAGCUUUUGGAUAGUGAGACGGUACCGAUAGCCAGGACCGUACACGCUUAGUAUUAUCUGAGGAUCAAAUAUUUAGUUUAACAUUCCAUGGAUUUAAUUGACAGUGCAUACCAAAUUAAGGGAUAGAUACUAAGGACCUUUUGUAGAAUUGUGAUAAUAUUUUUUAACAACUAUUAAUUGUACUAUUUUUAAAGAUAUUUAAAUCGAUUUUUUUUUGUAAAUAUUUCCAAAUUUUUAUAAUCUAUGAAAUAAAAUGAGAAAAAGAAUAAGAUUAAAAAGAAUCACAAUUCUACAAGAGUUUUUGUAUUAUACAUAAUUUCUUAUUUCACGAAAAUAGACUUCUAUUAAAAUUAAUUAAACUGUAAUUUUUACAGUCUCUUCAUUUUUCAAACCAUUAGGUAUUUUUGCAUUUUAAAACCAUCAAAGACACAUCAGCAUAUAAAAAGAAAUCAACGUUUGGAAAAUAUAUUUCAACAUUAUUUGGAGUAUAAAAAGAUGUCUAUUCACUCUUUGUAUCAUAAAAAUUAAAAAAUUAAUAAUC